AUGCGAGUUCUUCGCUCAAAGCGAGUCGGUGAAUUCUUAGUGAGUUUCUGUCGUCAUCGCUUUCUCUGCACCAAUCUUAAUCCUCCUGCAGCCGCCUCCUCACUUCGCAUCGGGAGCUUCCUCAAAUAUGCCGCCGUUUCUGCACUCACCGGAUCCACCGCCUUCACUGCUUACGUCUCCUACGCUUACAGUUUAGAUGAAAUUGAAGAGAAAACAAAAUCGAUUCGUGAAUCUGCCAAGUACACUACUGCUUCUGGUGCUGGCGAUAAUGAAUGUACAACUCUUGGCAAAUUUCAACACAAGUUAUAUUCAACUGCAAUCUCAGUGCCUACUAAAGCAAUAGAGCUUUAUUUGGAAAAAAGAACGCUAAUUGAAGGAAUUAUUCGAAGUUAUACUGAGCCAUGGAAAGAUAAACUCCUCCCUGACUUGUCUCCUGGUGAAGGAAAACAUGUGUAUACACUUGUUCUAGAUCUUGACGAGACAUUAAUUUACUAUGAGUGGAUGCGAUUAGAUUGGUGGGUGCCAGUCAAGAGACCUGGAGUUGUUGAUUUCUUGGAACAUCUAUCUCGCCUCUAUGAAAUUGUGGUGUAUACAGAUGAGGGAAAUCAAGGGCAUGUAAAAAAAGUAAUAAAUAGGCUAGAUCCCACUAAAAGAUGCAUUAGAUAUACCUUAUCAAGGGUAGCUACUAAGUAUCGAGAUGGAAAACACUUUAGAGAUCUUUCAAAACUAAACAGAGAUCCAGCUAAAGUUAUUUAUUUAAGUGGCCACGCUUUGGAAAAUUGUCUUCAACCAGAAAAUUGCGUUCCUAUCAAACCAUGCGAAGGAUUUGAUAAAGAUGACACAACUCUCUUAGAUUUUAUACCAUUUCUCAAGUGUGUUGCCCGACAGCGUCCAACUGAUAUAAGACCAAUACUACAAUCUUAUAGAGGAUGUGAUAUUCCAACAGAAUUCAUUAAGCGAAAUAAGCGAUCCAAGGAGGAUAAAAGUUAUUGGAGAAAGGUUGCGCAAAUGAUUGGUGGAUAG